CUAUUUUCAGGCACACAAGGCACCUCUCUUGACGGAUUUUCAAUAAGUGAAGAGGGCGGCGGUGCGCGCGCGAGAUAGAGAUCGGGCAUUUUUUUUUUGUUGGCUUCGCGCGGAUUAUCCUCGGGCGACGUCGUGUCCGGUUUGUGUAACCCGCAGCCUUGCGCCCUUCGAGGAAGGUCCUCGACGACCAGAGAGAUAUUCGGCUGGCAGAAGAAGAGGAAGAAGUGGUGCGCGCGCGAGGAGGAGGAAUCGAGAGAGAGCUAAAGCGAAGGCGACCGAGUGGAAGAAGAAGAAGAAGAGAAAGAGAAGAAGAAGAAGAGAAGCGACGAGGAAGGGCGAUGUCGGGCCACGUCCGGGCGGCUCUCGGCGCCUGACGGUGUCGGUUCCGUUCUGCCGGAAGAUGAGAGAGAGGCCCCCGCGUAGCAGCGAGCAGCUGAUGGCGGCCGAGCGCUCCUCCUCCACUACGAGCCUCUGCUCCUAACGUGCACGUCUAACUACGUCGUCCUCUGGUCGGCGUCUGGUCCGGGUGGCGUUCUUCGGGAAUUCCGGCCGCCUCGUCAACAGGAGAGAGGAGAGACACCGAUCGAGUUUCGCGUCAGACAUAUAUAUAUAUAUAUAUCCAUAUAUAUCUAUAUAUAUAUAUAUCUCUAUCUCUCUCGCUCUCGCGGAUUAUUAUAUAUCCGCAUUAAGGCUCCAGACAGACGGUCGUGUAAAACACCGCUGCGUGUGCGCGCGGCCAUACUUCCUACACACGGACGUGUGCUGCUCCACCAGAGGCAGCCGCGAAUCGUUCGUUCUCUAUUUCGUAAUAACGCACGAUACGAGAGACACGCAACUACGCGGAUCAUCAUCAUCAUCAUCGUCAUCAUCAUCGUCAUCGGCGACGUCGUUGGAGACCUCGACCGACUACCGGCGCCGCCGUCGUCGAUCGAAUCCAUCGUCCACCCUACGACGUCGUUUCGAGGAGAGAGACGUCGAGUCCUCCCUUUCGAGGGGGCAGCUGCCGGAAGAGGCCGGUCGUUGUCGGCGGUUUGUAUAUUUUACGUGCCUCCAUCCUUCUGUCUCUAUCCGUCUCUCUCUCUCGCUCGCGAGACGAGAGAAGAUCAUCGUGUAGGUGGGAGGAAUAGUGUGUGUGACAACGCCUAGCCGUCUACGAGGGAUCGUCGAGCCCUUAGGAAGGGAGGGGAGACAGCCGGUGUUUGGGACUUUCGUCGUCCGGGACUCUCCAGGGUGACUGGGAGGAAAGGAAGAGGAGAAUACACUUGUGUGUGUAUGUAGGUAUAUGUGUUAUGCUUUGUUCCACUUCCUCGCCACCUCCGAAGAGCGGACAGGAGUGAACGAGAGUGAAUAAUAAUAAUAAUAAUAAGAAUAAAAAUUAUUAAUAGAGUGUAUUCGAGGAAGGAGGAGAGAGAGAGGACGAAUGCACAUAUGAGAUCCGCACGUGCGUCGUGUAGCGGUGUGUUCUCUUCUUCGUGGAGUGUGUUUCAUCGAGUGUGUUAUUUCGUCAGGAAUGCGGCCUCCUCGGGGUGAAGGUGAUCUGAGUCUCUAGUUCGCUAUUCUGGGAUAUACAUAUAUAUAAUAUAUAUAUAUACACCAGAAGAUAAUAAAGUGCGAGCUACCACCUUCACAUAUAUACACACAGCUUACCUCGUUGAGCCUCGACACAUCACCAGGAUAGUCUCACAGUGCCUCCGUUAAUGCCAAAAUGUCGUCAGGGACUUUUGUGGACCGAAUAGACCCCUUCGCCAAGCGAUCCCUGAAGAAGAAGUCCAAGAAGUCCCAGGGUUCCUCCCGUUACCGCAAUUCUCAGGAUGUGGAGCUCCAACAGCUGCCCCUGCUUAAAGAUGUUAACGCUGCGGAGCAGGAGGAAUUGUUUAUCAAAAAGCUUCGCCAAUGCUGCGUUGCUUUCGACUUCAUGGAUCCAAUGGCUGAUCUCAAGGGUAAAGAAAUUAAACGGAGUACGCUCAAUGAAUUGGUGGAGUAUAUUACAGCAGGACGAGGUGUCCUUACUGAGCCCAUUUACCCGGAAACCAUCAAGAUGGUUUCUGCAAAUUUAUUCCGUACGUUGCCACCAAGUGAAAACCCGGAUUUCGACCCAGAAGAGGAUGAUCCAACCCUGGAGGCGAGUUGGCCCCAUCUUCAGUUGGUCUACGAAGUCUUCCUCCGUUUUCUCGAAUCUUCAGAUUUCCAGCCUGCCAUUGGCAAAAAAGUUAUCGACCAAAAAUUUGUGUUACAGUUAUUGGAUUUGUUCGACUCGGAAGACCCGAGGGAAAGGGAUUUCCUGAAAACCGUUUUGCAUCGUAUUUAUGGCAAGUUUCUGGGUCUUAGAGCCUUCAUACGCAAACAAAUAAACAACAUUUUUCUGAGGUUUGUAUAUGAGACGGAACAUUUCAACGGCGUCGGAGAACUUCUUGAAAUUUUGGGUAGCAUUAUUAAUGGAUUCGCUCUUCCUUUAAAAGUUGAGCACAAGCAAUUUUUGGUUAAGGUGCUGUUACCACUACAUAAAGUGAAAUGUUUAUCACUAUAUCACGCGCAGUUAGCUUAUUGUGUGGUGCAAUUUUUGGAAAAAGACGCGACUUUAACAGAACCAGUUGUACGAGGCCUCCUUAAAUUCUGGCCUAAAACGUGCAGCCAGAAGGAGGUGAUGUUCCUUGGCGAAAUCGAGGAAAUACUGGACGUUAUAGAACCUAGCCAAUUUGUUAAAAUACAAGAACCUUUAUUCAGGCAAAUCGCACGUUGUGUGUCUUCACCACAUUUUCAGGUUGCGGAGAGAGCAUUGUACUUUUGGAAUAAUGAGUACAUAAUGUCUCUAAUUGAAGAAAACAAUCAUGUAAUAAUGGGAAUUAUGUUUCCAGCGUUGUACAGAAUUAGUAAAGAGCAUUGGAAUCAGACGAUCGUAGCUCUGGUUUAUAACGUUUUAAAAACGUUUAUGGAGAUGAACAGCAAGCUCUUCGAUGAACUUACUGCCAGCUAUAAGUCUGAGAGGCAAAAAGAGAAAAAGAGGGAAAAGGAGAGAGAAGAGUUGUGGAAGAGACUGAACGAAUUGGAGCUAGACCGACGUAACAAUAUCGAACGUAAUGCUCUCACAGCUACCUCCAAUAAUCCAGUUCCUGCCACUAACACACCUACGACGCGAACCCGCCCCUGAGCUGGUCGAAUUACAGUACCACGCUGCCCGAUUGUUAGCUCUUAGUUUACGUCGAUUGUCCAUAUACUACACGCAAAAAAUUAUUGUUGUUAGUGAAACAAAGUGUCUCACGAUGGCAUCCUUGACAUAAUGUAAUUCAUUUUAUUAGUUGUGACUGGAAUAGCGGAAUAAUGGAAGCAAGAGAAAAAAAUGCAAAAGAAAAAGACAAUGCACGCAAUUUUAUAUUUUUUUG